UCAUUACGGCUGCAGACUGAUAGACAGCGAGCAGGGGAGGGCUGGAGACAGGUCUAAGAGAGGGAGAGGGAAGGACAGUGAGACAUUGUGACCAGGGAAAGUUAGAAAAUAAGCAGUCCUGUGCUCAUCUUUCCUUGGCUGCUUCCUCCCUACUCCACUACCUGAGGCACACAUACACACACACACAAGGAGGUGUUUCAGGGAGGCUUAGAGGGCUGACUCUGCAGGGAAGAAGGGAAUUAAACACUUUGUUUUCAAUCCACAGCGUCCAUACUCAGGACAAAAAAAAGGGAUUACAGCUUGUACGCCUGCCCCACUUGUUCCUCUCUUCACUCUGCGUUUUGUCUUCACUGAGUCACUUUGGAGACUUUGGAUACAACCUUCCUGAAUUGUUGGUUUCGGGCUCAGAAAGGAAUGGCACUCGGACAAAAGAGCCCCAGGUGGGCAUUAACCCAGGGCUCCUUCAGCUUGCCACUGGGCUUGUCACUCUUCUCCCUCCUUCUCCUCUUCCUCACCGCCUCAGCCGCAGAUGAGUACGACUACUACAGCUGGCAGUCGGACAAUUUCCACAAUGGCCGCUUUUACACCAAGCAGCCCCAGUGUGUGGACAUACCAGCUGACCUGCGCCUGUGCCACAAUGUGGGCUACAAAAAGAUGAGGCUGCCCAACCUCCUGGAUCACGAAACCAUGCCAGAGGUCAAGCAGCAGGCGGGUAGCUGGGUGCCCCUCCUGGCCAAACGGUGCCAUGCUGAUACCCAGGUCUUCCUGUGCUCUCUGUUUGCACCGGUGUGCCUGGACAGGCCCAUCUAUCCCUGCCGCUCGCUGUGUGAGGCUGUGAGGGACAGCUGUGCUCCGGUGAUGGAGACCUAUGGCUUCCCCUGGCCAGAGAUGCUGACCUGUGAUAAAUUUCCCAUUGAUAAUGACCUCUGCAUCCCCAUGCAGUUCACUGGGAACCACGCGACUCAGCCACCAGUGUCGAAGGUGUGCCCUCCGUGUGACAAUGAGCUGAAAGCAGACAACAUAAUGGAGCAUUACUGCGCCAGUGACUUCGCCCUCAAGAUGAAAAUCAAGGAAGUGAAGAAGGAGAAGGGUGACAGGAAGCUGAUUGCAGCACAAAAGAAGAAGAAAGUCUUGAAGCAGGGUGUGCUGAGGAAGAAAGACCUGAAGAAGCUAACCCUGUACAUCAAGAAUGGCGCCAACUGCCCGUGUGCCCAGCUUGACAGCCUGGGGUCCAACUUCCUCAUCAUGGGCCGUAAAGUGGACCAGCAACUGCUGCUCAUGUCCAUUCACAAGUGGGACAAGAAAAGCAAGGAGCUUAAGUUCGCCAUCAAGUACAUGAAGUCUCAUCAGUGUCCCACCUACCACACGGUCUUCCAGUGACGCGGCUCGCUGCACUGUUUGCACAAUCCACUAUAGCUCCCCACAUUCCACCCGGUUCCACAUAGAUCCAGACUGUGUGUCCCUGAACCCCAGAUCCCUGCACAAUCUGUUACCAGCACCGCAACAUAGUCCUACACGGGGUAGCAGUGCAGCCAAGCAUUUAUUUUCUCAGCUUUAACAUGAAUCAAGUUGUCAAGGGGGUUGUCCUGAUCUGCUUAGAUGAAUCAGACAUGUCUAUGUUGGAGAGCGGAAAAGCUGCACACUCGGCAACUCCCUCCUAACAAUAAAAAAGACCUGAAGAAACAGCAGAUUUUACAACAAUUUGAAAGAAAAACAGACGUUGUAAUCUACCCCCCCCCCCUUACACACACACACACACACACACACACACACAAACACACCAAUUUAAUGGAAUCUUCCUUAAUAAUUGUACUUUCCUCUUCUGAUACAGUGAAACAAUAUCCGACAGAAGGUUCAUCAAGACAGUGGCAUUGAGAAAUGAGAAUCUAAAGAUUUGAGGUAACUUUUGGUGGGAAAACAUGUUUGAUAAUGUAAUGAGAGGGGGAAAGCAGGGUUUGAUUCAGUGUGAAAAAGAGAAAUGAUACACAUGUGGGCUGUGCAAUGAGCGCCCAGGAAAAAACAUCAAAGCAAAGACAUGUAGAUGAUCCACAUAAAUGUAUGUUUUAAUAAUGUAAAAAGUAGGUAAUUCAGAUGAAUGCUAGAUGAUUAGGAAACUGGGCUUAUUUCUUUUAUCCCUGCUGGGAAAGAAGAACAAUGGUACGAGACAGACUGGAGGACUGGAGGAUGCUUCACCUGACUGUACAGCAAAAAUUUUUGUGGCCUGAAAGAGGGAAACUUGAAUAUUCUUUUGCUUUUUCAAUUGGAGAGCGAAGGAGGUAAAGGCAGAGAAGACAUCUUCCUGAAAACAAGUGGAGAAAGAAAGAGAGAGAAAGAGACUCUGGACAGAACCAACAAUGUUGGGUUGAUACGUCUCUGGUACUCGCGGCUUUUCACUAUCACUCUUCAAAUGUUUAUUUGUUUUUAACUUGUUUUGCUUCAGUUAAACUUCUAUUGUAUGGAAGCAGGAAUCAUACAUGCAGACAUAGCACCUAAAUUCACUGUUGCCGUAGCAGUAAAAGAUGAAGAUUUAACUUUGACAAUAUUUUCUAAUCAGUUAACCUGUAAGUACUGUAGUUGUGUUACUGAAAUACAUCUUUGUUUUAC